AUGAAGCGAUCGGUCCUCGCUGGUCUCGCCGUUCUGGCCGCCGCCGCCGCCGCCGCCGCCUCCACUACUGGCUGCAUCAUCGACGGACCCUUCCCAGACAGCCUCAACGGCUCCAACUUCACGUAUCCGUGGCCCGUCAAGGUCUUCCAGUUCACCAGCCAGCUGCAGCCGCUACAGAUGGCCUUUAUGGAUGUCGAGCCCGCGUGCAGGCCCAACGGCAUGACGGCUGUGCUUUUGCAUGGCAAGAACUUUUGCGGCCCGACCUGGGAGACGACGAUGCACGUCCUCACCCAACACGGCUACCGUGUUGUCGUCCCUGACCAAAUUGGCUUCUGCAAGAGCUCCAAGCCCGCGGCCUACCAGUUCAGCCUCGGCCAGAUGGCAUCCAACACUCGCCUUCUGCUCGACAUGCUCGACGUCGGAAACGUCACCGUCAUCGGCCACUCUCUCGGUGGCAUGAUGGCUGUCCGGAUCGCCCUGCAGUACCCUGAAGCCGUUGACGAGAUGGUCGUCGUCGCCCCCGUCGGCCUCGAAGACUAUGUGAAGAAAGGGGUCCCCUACGUCGGCCUUGACACCACGGCCAAGUCGGAAGCCGCCUCCGGCUACGACAGCAUCCGUGCGUACGAGAAGAAAGUCUACUACGUUGAUCGGUGGAGGCCCGCCUACGAAACAUGGGUCCAGAUGCUCGUCAACAUUUACCACGGCUCCGAGCGCGACGCCUACGUCAAGAACCAAGCCCAGGUUGUCGACAUGGUCCUGACCGGUCCCGUCGCCCAUUGCUUUGGCGACAUCCAGCCUCGGACUUUGCUCAUUGUCGGGGAUAAGGACAGGACAGCCAUCGGUUCCCAGUGGUCGUCCCCAGACGUUGCUGCGAAGCUUGGCCGCUUCGACCUCCUCGGUCCCGAAGCCGCGCACCAGCUCCAGAACGGUCAACUACACCGAUUCACCAAUCUGGGCCAUGCGCCGCAGCUAUCGGACCCGAACGCUUUCCACGACGUUGUUCUCAACUUCUUGCACUGGAACCAGACGCGAGAAGCAAGGCAUGCCAUUCACCAAGACCUUCACGCUGGGCACCGUGCACGCUGA